GGUAUGAAGCAACAUGAAAAUAGCUUCCGUAUCGAAGCGACGAUUCAUUCCAAUUUGUUCUUCAAUUCUGUGUUCUAGCUCUCUUUCGUUUUUUGUUUGUGCGGAUUUAUCGAUUCCUCCUUCUUCGUUCCCAUCUCAAAUUCCUCGAAUAGUCUCUGUUCUCAUUCGCUGUUAUUCAUCAUAUCUUACGCAUCAAGUCUUCGCGAAUAAGGAAUUGUAUGCCAUGCGUUGAUGUUGUUUAUGCUCUUUAUCUGUAUCUCCUUUUUUUCCCCUCUUAAUUCUCUGUUUGGAAGCCCGGAUUGUUGAGCGGAAACGGAGAUUUUGAGGUUGUUUCAUCGGAAAUAUUGUAAAUGAACGAUUUCGGAAUCGAUUCGAUGCAAGAAAUUCAACAAAACCAUGGAAUGGUUGCUGAUUGUUUUCAGAAUUUCAGGGCACAGCAGCCAUGGAGGAUGGGAACUUGUGUUCCGUUACCAGCCAUGGAGGAAGUUGAAUCGUUAGAACAGCAAGAUUUUGGUUCGUCUAAAUCGAGUUCGACUAUCAUCAAUCUGUUCGAAUCUCCUGCUUCGGCGUUCUUCGCGACGGAGCAAUGCAUGGGGAUACCUCCGAUUGAGUUUCGGACUGGUUCGUCGUCUUUCGAUCGGGCUUCCGAUUCGAUUUCAGCCAUUUUUCAAUCCUCCGGCGAGAAUCUAUCUCUCGACUUGACGGAGAAGAGUGGCGCAGAUUCUGAAUUCAGAAACACCUUGCAAUCGGUUGUGAAAUCUCAACUCUGUAAGAGGAGAUUCGAUGGCUUUCCGAAGAGUUUUUCCAGUGACCACAAGGUGUUUGAUGAUUGUUCUCACUCAAUUGAGAAGCACUAUUCAGUUCCUUUCAAAGAUCAAGGAGAAUGUUAUAAUCCAAGUUUCUGUUCUUCACAAGAGAAGAUCUCUCCAAGAUUCUCCGGCUUGGGUGCUUCUGUGGGCUAUGGAAGCUCUUCUUCUUCCUUCAAUGGAAAUGGAUUCACCACCAAAACAAGAAUCAGAUGGACGCAAGAUCUCCAUGAGAAGUUUGUUGACUGCGUUAAUCGUCUUGGUGGUGCUGAGAAGGCAACGCCAAAAGCAAUUUUGAAGCUGAUGGAUUCAGAGGGAUUGACCAUAUUCCAUGUGAAGAGCCAUUUGCAGAAAUAUCGGAUAGCAAAAUACAUGCCAGAAUCUGCAGAAAGGAAAUCUGAUAGAAGGAACAGCAUGAUUGAAGUUGCCCAACUGGAUAUGAAAACUGCCUUGCAAAUUAAAGAUGCUCUCCAACUGCAGCUAGAUGUUCAGAGGCGUCUUCAUGAUCAACUCGAGAUUCAGAGGAAGCUACAGCUGCAAAUUGAAGAACAAGGGAAGCAGCUCAAGAUGAUGUUUGACCAGCAACAGGAAACAAACAAAUGCUUCUUCAGAACCAAUGGCUUCAACAACUCCGACGACCCGCCGUUCCCGACACCCGAAAGCAUCCGAAACGCUCAGUUCCCAUCGAAGAUAAGUUAGCUCCUAAGAGCCAGCCACCAACACUUCCAGUAUAUAACCACUCAUUUUGGGUUCACCAUCUUCUUUCUUUCGAACAUCAUACGAUGAACACUGCAGAUUGAGUCCUGUUGAAACCAGAACAUAAAAGGGUAAAGAAAUUACAGAGUAGUGUGGGAUAUAGAAAGCUUUUGAGAAGUUGAAUUCAAGAAACCAGCAAUGGUUUUUGUUUAUGUUAAUUGUCAGUUCCAAGUUGUGAAAAGUAUUGUACCAACAGAAAUGAUGUGAUUUCAUGCUUGAAAUUUCUUCUUCUUUUAUUGU